CCUUCCCCAGUCGGUUGUGUAGUGAACAAGUGCAGGUAUUAAAAACUAUACAAAUAUAAGCAGUCAGUGUACAAUGACAUCAUCUGCCAGUGCUGCGGUGAGUGUUCCGGAAUGGAUGACAAAAGAGUACUUUGUCGAUGCGAUAGCGGUGAAGCUGGGCAAACCGGCCACUGAUUUUACGAUCACCGAUCUGGAUGUUCGGCGCGCAACGGAGGCGGGUGAUAAUUACGCCUCCAUUCUGUACCGCGUGCGCGUUUCGGUCCGUCUGCACAAUACCGACGGCACGCCGAUGGACAUUUCGCUGAUUGUGAAGGCACUGCCAAAGCUUUCGCUGACCGAUGAAAUGGUGAAGAUGAUGAACCUGUUCCCGAAAGAGAUCGCCAUGUACACGGACGUGCUGCCCCGCCUGGAGCAGCUGUACCAUCAGGCGGGCCGUACCAGCGUGCACUUUGGUCCGCGCUGUCUCAAGCACAGCACCGAACCGACCGAUGUGAUAGUGCUGGAAGAUUUGCGCGAACGCCAGUUUACGAUGGCCAACCGGCGGCAGGGACUGGACAUGGAGCAUACGCGCCUGGUACUGCGCCGGAUGGCGCAGUUUCAUGCCGCGUCGGUCGUGCUGGAGGAUCAUCGCGGCCCGUACGGCGAGCUGUUCCGGGAGGGCAUGUUCACCGAGAAGGGGCGCGCGAUGAGCGAGCAGUUUCAGAAGGGACAGGCCGAUUUCUUCCAGAAAAUUAUGGGAUGUUGGUCGGAAAAAGCGCAACAAUGCGCCAGCGUGAUGCAACAUUGGGGCAUGGAUUUGUUUGACUCGCUGAUUCGCGUAACCCGCGCCAAUCGGAAGGGAUUCAACGUGCUGAAUCAUGGCGAUAUGUGGUGCAAUAACAUUCUGUUCCAAUACAAUGAGAACAGCACGGUGAACGAUAUCUUGUUGAUCGACUAUCAGCUUAGCUUCUGGGCUUCCCCUGCAAUCGAUCUGAUCUACUUCAUGUUCACCUCGGUCAAUGGAGAUUUCAAGCUGUCGCAGCUGAACUACAUGGUGCAGUACUACCACGAGCAUCUCGUCGACAGUCUGAAGUUUCUCGGGUACACUGGUACCGUGCCGCUGCUGAAGGAGCUCCACUCGGACAUCAUCUCACACCAUCUGUUCGGAUAUAUGAUUUGCUUUUCCAUACUACCCAUCUGCUUGCUGGAGAAAACGGACGAUGCCUCGAUGGAUUUGAUGCUGGAUCAGGGCGCGGCGGGCGAAUCCUUCAAGCUGAAAAUGUACACCAAUCCGGUGUAUGUGCGGCAGAUGGAGCAACUGAUGGAGUAUUUCUUCGACAUGGGUGUUCACGAUUUGCUGCAAAUCGGAACACAGCGCCCAGCACGUAUCGACUGUGAUCCUUCGCUAGAGUUGCCCCUCUGGUUGGAUCGCGAGUUCGUAGAACACAUUGUUGACGCUAAGUUUGGCACUGCACCUGAGGAUAAGCGAACUGUCCGCAGCGUAUACACGAAGAACGCAGCGAAGAAGGGUGACAGUUAUGCUGCAGCCCUGUACUCGGUCAAGGUGGAGCUGCUAUGGAAGGAUGCUGGCGUGGAGGAAACACUUUCGCUUAUCGUCAAAGCGCCACCAAAGGGAAUUGCCGCAUCCUACUCCCUAGAUAAGGAGGUGUACGUGCGCGAGCUUUACCUGUACGAGCACCUGUUACCCGCCUUUGAAGCACUUUACCGUAGCAAGGGAGUAACGGUGAAGCUAGGACCACGGUACUACAAACCACGCGUCGGGUUACCGGUGGAGGUGAUCGUGCUGGAAGAUUUAACAAUCUCCGGAUACCGGAUGGCUAGCAGGCAGGAUUGCUUAGACCAGGCUCACUUGGAGGUUGCACUUAACCAUCUGGCUCAGUUCCACGCUGCUUCAGCGGUGUAUAGCGAAUCGGGCAAAACGCUACCCGCGAUACUCACCGCAUCGUCCGCCGACCGGCAGAUGGCAGCAAAAACCGAUCACAUGUUUGCCCCUUCGCUGGACAGUUUGUUUGGAUAUAUGAGAGAGUGGGAUUUUGCGGGCGAAUUUGUAGACGAUUUGGAAACCGUUGCAAAACAGAUCUACCAGCUGCUGGUGGACACGUGGACCCUCAAUCCGGAAGGAUUCAAUGUACUCAAUCAUGGCGACGCUUGGCUUAACAAUAUGCUGUUCGCAUACAACGACUACGAUGGGUCCGUCGAUCGUAUGGCACUGAUCGACUUUCAGUUUCCGUCCUGGGGCUCGCCCGUGUUCGAUCUGAUUCACUUCCUGUUCUCCUCCGCACGGGCUGAUUUGAAGCUCUCCAAGCAAGCCUACUUUUUACGCUACUAUCAGGAACGUUUGGUGCACAACCUGGUGCUGCUCGGGUACGGGAAACCACUGCCGACGCUUCGGCAGCUUCACCUUGAUUUUAAUGAUCGUUUGACUGCCGCCAUCAAAACUGUCGUGAUCGAUUUACCGUACGUGCUGGUAGACGACACAGACGAUGCUUCGCAGGAAGCGGCCAUCGUACAGACGGAAGUGGGGCAAAGGUUUCAGAAGCUUCUUUUCGAUAAUGAGCGCUACAAGGAGCAGCUGAAGGAUCUUUUGCCAUAUUUCCGAUCGCGUGGUUUGCUGACACCACUUGCCGCUAACAGCAAGCGAAAUAGACUGCUCUUGAGUGCUUUUGAAAUGGCCUGCUUCGAGUGGAUCAAUAACGACCUGCUGACGGGGCUACUGUCUGAGCAGCAUGGAACCAGUUUCAAGCAGCUGAUUGCCUACGAUGUUAGCUUUGCCACCAAAAAGGGAGAUAAUUAUGCGAGUGAAAUGUAUCGUGUGUCGGUGCAGUACGACAUCGGGAACAUAGUGAAGAAAAGGAUAAUUCUUAAGGUGAUGCCAUCGGGAGAACUACAGCAAAAAGUCAUGGAGGAGAACAGUAUCUACUCUAGGGAGAUAGUAAUCUACAGUCAAAUAAUACCCAGGAUAUACGAGCUCUUAAGGUCGAUUGGUGAUGUAUCGAUUAUUUCGCCGCUCUGUUUGACCACCGCCAACACACCCAAGCAGAUGCUCGUGUUUGAGGAUGUUAGCGAACAGAGCUUUAAGAUGAUGGAUCGUCGCCUUGGAUUAGAUUUAGACCAUGCUCGCUUGGUGAUUGUAAAGCUUGCCAAACUGCACGCCUGCUCGCGGAUUGUGUACGAAGCUGAACCGACUCUGUUUGACCUCAUGAUGGAAGGAUGCAUUUCAGAUGAUCCCAAGAAGCAAACGUUCUUACCCUACUAUCGACGGUGCGUUGGUCAGGUGAUGCGUUUAGUGCAGCAAUGGAACAAGGAUGGAAGAUGGAACUCGAUUCUGGGAAAACUGGACAAGCUUCAGGACAAGAUUAUUCCCUACGGAUGUGAUGUUUACCACCGACGGGACGAUUGCUUUAACGUACUUAAUCAUAACGACAUCUGGGUUAACAAUAUGAUGUUUCAAUUCGAGCAGGGAACGGGAGUGAAAGAUGUUCUGCUGCUGGAUUAUCAACUGUCCUUUUACGGUUCUCCAGGGAUAGAUCUUAAUUUCUUGCUGUACGGUUCACUGCAACCGGAAGUUCGCAAAUUACAUCUCAUGGAGUUAGUACAGCUCUAUCACACUACGCUCCGUGGAACGUUGGAGCAACUGCACUACGGAGGAACCAUCCCCAGCCUGCCAGACAUCCACGUGGAAAUCAUUCGCAAGGGAUUCCACCGUGUCAACGCCGUCUUUCAGCAGAUGCCCGUUGCCAUGAUGGAACGUUCGGAAGAUGCGGACAUGGAUUUGAUCUUGGGAGAGGGUGAACGAAGCGAAACAUGCCGUCGAGAGCUGUUUGACAAUCCACGAUACGUCAGCAUUUUGCCAGCCCUGUUGCAGGAAAUAAUGCCAGAAAAUACCUUUCCAGCUUGCCUGAACGCAUCCGCCGAUGCACCAGACUGGCUAAACGAAGCGUACGUGGAGCAAAUGCUGCGCUGCGCGUUUAAGGACGCAUCAAUCAAAGUGCGCAAGCUGGAUGUAUACUAUGCCGUGCCGAAAGGGAACAACUAUGCUAGCAUUAUAUUUCGCAUCGGUGUUACGUACCACUCCCAGCUACAGUACGAAAUAGCACGCACCUUCAUUGUCAAAGGCAUGAUCACGGAGGGAAUUGCGGGCGAGAAGCUGCGCCAGUACGACGUGCAGCGCAAGGAGAUGGACGUGUACCAAUUUGUGAUUCCCGAGCUGAAGCUCCUGAUGAAAUCGAUCGGCGAGCCGGGCGAGCUGUAUCCUACCGCGCUGAUAGUGGAUCGCAAGCGUGAGGUGAUCGUGUUUAAGGAUCUGACCCCGGACGGCUACCGGAUGGUGGACCGGACGCAGGGCAUGGACAUGGUGCAUAUGAAAAUGGCUAUCAAGCUGAUGGCCAAAAUGCAUGCCAGCUCGCUGAAGCUGCGCGAGCAGCAGCCCAACAUAUUUGUGCCGUACAACACGUGCAUCGUGACGCGCGAAACGGACGCUUUCUAUCCGAUGUUUGUGCACAUCUUUAACGCACUGACGGACGAGGUUGGCAAAUGGGGAUCGGAAUGGAAGUACUAUCACGAGAAGCUGCAGCAGUUGGCACCGAACUUUGUCGAGUACUCACAGCGCGUGGUGGACAACGAUCCGGCCAGCGAUGAUUUGUGCGUGUUUGUGCAGGGUGACAUGUGGGUGAACAAUUUCCUGUACAAGUAUGAUGAGCAGGGCAAUCCGAUCGAUGCGGUUCUGCUGGAUUUUCAGUACUGCACGUACAGCACACCGAUGAUCGAUUUCUGCUACCUUUACUACACCUCGGCUAGGGAUGACAUCAGACAGAACUGUUUCGAUGAGCUGCUCCAGUACUACUACUAUCAGCUGGUGGACUACGCACGACGGUUGCAGUACCGGGCGCGGUUGCCAACACUCUAUCAGUUUCUGCAGCAAACGCAACGGAAAAUGUUCUACGCUGUGUACUCCACCUUCAUUGCAUUACCGGUACAGAUGAAUGACAAUACGGCUGAUGCCGAUUUCGAAGCAUUAAUGUGCAACGACGAGCGGGCACAGAGCUUUAAGCGCAUGAUUGUGGCGAACGACAAAUACCAAACCAUCCUGCGCGGUUUGCUGUCACAGUUCGAUCGCAAGGGUCUGUUGGACAAAUUGGACUAGACUCCAUUUGGAAAGUCUCAAAUAUUCUUCUACCUAUCUUUAUUAUCAAUAAACAAAAUCCAGUAAGGUCUGAAGCCUUUCAACCGUCGGACCUGUAACA